AUGGCACAAGAUUGGGGUGAUAUUUUGAGAAGUGUUCAAGGAUUCGCCGCUAAACAAAUUUUGGCAGAAGAAAAAACUGAUAUUGGAGAAGAUAAUGAAGAUUACGUCGACAACAUGUUUAGAACAGAAGAAACAAUUGCAAAUGCUGGGCUCACGAACCAACUUUCUUCAAGAACAACCCAACAUCCAUGGCUUCUUGAAGUUCGCCAUACUACAAUUCACCACACUGUUCAUACAGGAGGACCUUUUGGAGUAAAAAAAGUCACAGUUUAUACAGCAGUGGUUUAUGUUGAUAGGUUUCUUUCAUCAAUGCCAAUACAAAAUGAAAGAUUCGAUGUAGCAAAGUUACUGGGAGUCGCAUGCUUAUAUUUGGCUGUUGAGCAAUUGGAAGAAAAUGAAGAUCAGCCAGAUUAUGAGAGUUCUACGAAAUGUAGUGGAAGAAUCAUAACGAAGAUGAGAAACUGUGUUGUUAAACAAUUUAGAAGGAUUGUCACUUUUGUUACUCCUAUUCAGUUCAUCAGAUAUUUCUUGUCAAGAUUCUGCAGAGAUCUUUCAAGAACAAUGUACGCCAAAUCCAUAACUGUUGAACUCAUCAUGAGUAUACUUGGAGGUACGUCAUCAAUAAACGAGUCAUAA